AUGCAACAUCGAGCAAGUCUUGUCGCCCUCCUCGCGGGACUAGCUGCAGUUUCGUCCGCACAGGACUUGCCUUAUCAGCCCUGUCCUCUCAUUCGUGCAUACUACCCAGUUCCAGGCAUCAACAAAUCGUCCUCUGCCAUCCAAAAGGCAACUGCAACUUUCAGUGGACUUUUUGAUAACCUUGUGAAAACGGGUUGCAGUGAUAACUUUGGCUGCAUUUCUCCCAAUACGACAUCAUUCUCGCUCGCACUUUACUCUAUUGCCGACGCUGGCGACGACGAAGAUUUCAUAUUCUUCGACUACUCCCAUACGGUUCCUUCCUUGGCAAACAACAAAACGGUCGGUCUCGACACGAUCUUUCCCACUGGAACAUUGACUCAAGUCUUCACUGUCUAUGCCUGGCUGAUCCAGAUGGGCGACGGCUACUGGGAGCAGCCUAUCACGGUAUUUCUGCCUGAGUUGUUGGAGACGAGUUUGUCCUCGGGCUCUAUCGCUGUGGACUGGGAUAACGUCUCUAUCGGUUCUUUGGCUGGCCAGAUGUCAGGCAUUGUUCGUGACUCCUACGCCUGCCAACUCGGUAGCGAGUGCAAUCAUGAAGAUUUCAUCACGAAGAUAGGUGCCUCUACGCCAUAUGCGCUCCCGGACACAACACCUAUUAUCUCCAACGCAGCGUUCCAGCUUCUUGCAUUUGCCAUCGAGAGAAGCGGCAAGGCAAAGUGCAAGGCCACAAGCUUUGAUGCCAUCCUAUCCGCAAGCUUCCUUCAGCCUCUAAACAUGACAAGGAGCGGCCUUCUUACGCCAUCCUCUGAAUCACAAGUCUUUGGUGGGGACUUUCACAGCUCAAGCAUCGGCGAGCCGGCUGGAAUGUCACUUCUUUCGACGACACGAGACUUGGCCAGGGCAGGUCGUGCAAUGAUGAAGUCCAAACUCAUCUCUGCAUCCGCGACACGCCGUUGGCUGCAGCCCAUUGCAGACACAUCCAACCUUCGGAACGGUGUCGGCCGUCCGUGGGAGAUCUACCAUGCUGGCCAGUACGCAAACUCGACCGUGCUUGACGUCUUUACGAAGAAUGGUUAUGCCGGAGCUUAUGCGAGCUACUUUGGACUGUCGCCAGACUUGGGUGCAGGAUUCGCCAUCUUGUCCCACGAUACCAGUGGCACGGCUGCUGAUCUCAAUGCCUAUGCUGACAUUGUUUCCUUGGCCUUGCUGGAUCUGGAGGCGUUGGCAGCGGCGGAGGCCGCGGCGUACUACAGCGGAAACUAUACCGGCCAAUCUGGAAAUGGCGACACUGCUGUUAUCCAGUCGCCCAGCGAUGGCUACGGCUUUGUGGUUGCAGAUCUCGUUGUCGACGGUAUUGACUUGCGCAACCAAACAGCCUUUGCGGCCAAUAUUGAGCUGGAGAACCUUGACUUCCGCAUCUAUCCGAGCAAUGUAGUUCAGGGCACAAAACAUCUGUUUGUAGCCGUUUUCCAGGACAAGAAAGCACCUGUCGACGCCGACACGCCCACCUGCAUCACCUGGCAGGAAGUGGGAUCACUUGGCCAGAAUAUUGCCGACCAAUUUAUUUUCGAUACUGACAGUACAACUGGCUUUGCACAGAGCCUGUCAGUUCUAGGCAGACAGUCGACAUUGAUGCGGGGAUCAUCCUAA